AUGGUGAUCUCUCAAGAUCAUCACGAUUUACUCCUAUUUGUACUUCAUGAUCCCAUGGUAAAAUAUCACCAUUUCUCAUAGCACCAAGUAAAGAGCCACUUUCUAACCAAAACCUGAUACCAACUUCUUCUAAUUUAUCAAAAACAUGAUGAGCAACUUUUCUCAAUCCUGAGAGGCAGCAAGGUGGAGUGUAUCGAUUUUGAUAAAGAUAAGAUGGAAUACCAUUUACCACUGAUCCAAAACACCUAUUACUUUCUCUAGAACAGCCAUACCACUCUAUAGAAUUGGAAGCUCUUAUAACUUUUUUAAUUCCCAAUUUUUCAAACAUAGACCGUUCGCGACUUUGAUAUAACUGUUGAACUUUCCAUAGGGAUUGCUGAGUUUUAUAUAAUGAUUUUCCUUCAUUGAAACGACAAUUCGACAACAUAUGAAUCUGGUAAUAUGUAAUAAAUUCUACUAGAAUAAAUUUUAUUAACAUAUGUUUAUAUAUCAAACACCGUAUGACUGUAGUAUUUGAAUUAUAAACAAGAACAGAAAAAUAAAACCCUUAAAUAUAUGAAACUAAUAAAAUGUUUUUAUGGUUAAUAUAAAACUGAAAAAAAUAAUUAAAUACAAAAAGUACAAACCUUUGCACCCAAUGCAGUUGUUUGAAUGUAUAAUGCAUCCGUGAAAGGUAACAAGAAUGGAUCAGUUAAUUUUUUUAAUAAUUUUGUCUCAAGCAUUGUAGCAUGCCUUCCAUUUAUUCCAUCACAUUCAUUGCCUGUUGUAUAUGAAAACUUGAGACUCCAUUCUUUUAUUUUUAAAUCUAUAUUGACACAAUUUAAAGUUACACUUCCUACUGGUACACUUACUACACCUAAUUUUGUAGCUUGAGAUACAGUCUCCUGAAAAAAAUUUUAUUUAAUGUAGUACUAUUAUGUAGUAAAUUUUAUUUAGUGUAGUACUAUUGUCUAUUUUCAAUUAAACUAAUUAAAUUAAUUACUGUUACUAAUUAAACUAAUUACUGAAAACAAUGAAAAAAAAACGAAUUUACAAUGUGAUAUAAGGUAGUAAACUUACUUGCAUGAUUUGCUUGGUAGAAAGUCUACUACCAUCAGGUAAAAAUAAAACGUACUUUGUACGUAUAUAAAAUAGUGGAUUUCGUUCAUCGUAAGAUUUAUUGAAUUCCGUUUGCAAAUUUAUUAGUUUAACGUUUCGCAUGCUCUCAUUUGCAAAGUCCAAUUCCAGCGGGGGAUAUGGUAAUUCAUUGCUUACUAUUAAAAUCGGUAUAGUAGGGAAAAAGGUUAACACAGACUCUACAGUGGAAGUCACAUCAUUUUCAAAGGUUUCAAAUUGCCGUAUAACAACAGUUACUAAUCGAGAUAAUCGCCGAUGAAACUUUUGCGGUGGAUCAGGCGUGACGAUACUUGGUGUCAACAACCGCAAAGUGUUUUGCGCCGAGAAUAACCUCCAUAUUCUAUGCCAUACAAUAAUAUUACCUAGUAGUGCGAGCACUAAUAACGUUCUUACAAACUUAAAACGCAUAAUUAUCGCAUAUUUUGCGAAAUCAUUGUAGAUGAAAUCUUCUUUUCUUACAUCAUUCUCAUAUCACAAUAGCUCUAAAUUACGUUUAAAUGUUUGACAAAUCACAAUAUCUCUGCAAAUUUCAAUUCACUCCUACUCAGCACUGCCAAUAUAUCAUUUUCAGGAAUGCAUUCCUACCAUAAGAAUGAUAAUUGAAAUAAUCGGAUCAUUAUAUUUAAUUGAUAUUUAUUGUAUUUUUAUAAGUUCCUAAUACUUUCAACUAAUCUUUCGCAAUAGGAAACGAAGAUUUUAAUUUGUCGUCGAAAACUAUCUGGUGAUAUUACAAAUGUAAACGUUUAGAGUACUGUCUCGCUGUUGUUUUUACAUAAACGUCAAAGUCUACGUUCGUAGCAUUCGGCGUUCCAACAAAAUUAGCAGGAAGACAGGAGUCGUUCCUUGAUCGUUGUGUUAUAAUUUUACGUAAACAAGAAGUAGCAAGACUGUGGUUCAGACUUUGACAAAAAGAGUCUUUCCACCAUGCCUCUCCACCGUUAUACUCAUGCAGUUCUGUGCAGAAUUCCUCUCUCGCUUCGCACAAGAGGCGAGGUCACGUUAGACGAAGCAAGAACACAGCAUUUGGCACUUGCUCAACUUCUACGAGAGCUCGACAUCGAUGUUGUUGAAAUGCCACCGGAUGAAAAUUCACCACUCUGUGUUUUCGUAGAAGAUAUUGCAGUCGUGUGUAAUGGCAUUGCACUCAUAGCUCGGCCCAAUGAAUCGUCGCGCUUAAAGGAGAUUGAGACAAUUAGAGCUGUUUUAAAGAAGGAGUUAGAGAUUCCACUUAUAGAAAUAGCUGAUAAAAAUGCUCGUCUGGAUGGAGGAGAUGUUCUAUUUACUGAGAAUUGAGAGAGAAGCAACUUAUAGUUACCAGACAUUAACUGUGCCUGAAGAUGCUGCAGCCAAUGUACUUUAUGUGAAUGGAACUUUAAUUCAUCGGUCAGAAGAUGAAAUUCCACAAUCAAGUAAAGUUUUUGCAGAAAAAAUUGAAUUUCCAACCAGAUCUUUACGCAUGUCUGAAUUAGCAAAGGUCAGUUCUGGUUUAACUUCUUGUUGUUUAUUGGUGCGUAGACCGAGACAUAUUCGCAGUAUUUAA